CUGCACCCGCCCACAGUCAGGGAAAUGUUGAAGCCGCUAGUAACACUAAAGAGUAACCUUCUUUUUCUUUGUUCAGUGAGAGCGCGGGAAAAAGCAGAAGACAAGAAGCGGUGCUAGUUUGAUUUCACCUGACCACCUGGCCAGCACCCAUAGACCCUCCCAUGACAACAAGCCAUACCUCUCUGGCUAAUAGGAAGUAGAUUCUGCCAGCCAAUGAAGCUGUCACGUUCUUUCAAAAUCGAACCCAGAAGCAGACCAGGACAAGGAGAGUAGGAAGAAGGCUCCAAGGCCUGCGGUUACAUCCACAAUGUCUCAGCAUUUUGUCCCUCCAAUAGGCUCCAAGGCCUGCGGUUACAUCCACAAUGUCUCAGCAUUUUGUCCCUCCAAUAGGCUCCAAGGCCUGCGGUUACAUCCACAAUGUCUCAGCAUUUUGUCCCUCCAAUAGGCUCCAAGGCCUGCGGUUACAUCCACAAUGUCUCAGCAGUGAAGAGAGGGAAGAAGACAGGAUAUUUCAAUGCCGUUUUACAGCAAGAAGAUGAGAGCAGGAAUCUUAUCGUUUUUCAGCCGCAGCUGCGAGACCGCUUUGCCACAGCAGAGAGUCGCAGAACUCCAGUGAAGUUGGUGAAAGUGGUGUUCCAGCCAUCCAUAAGCAGAAACAACAAAAUACAGAUAAUGUUUACAUACACAUCCACAUUUUCCAUCCUCGAAGAUUUACCCUUCAAAUUCAACAGUGACCUUGACGGGAGGGUCAAGGAUGUGGCACUAGCUGACCUUCAAGAGGACAAAGAAAACACAGAAAAUGCUGUAAAACAGAAGGUGAACAUUACAGUGGAGGUGAUUCAGAAACUGAAAGAGGGCCAUUGUAAAACGAGAUUUAACAAAAGCAUGCCCAUGGUGGAAUACCUAGUCGGUCAUAUUGUAGAUGAUUCAACAACACUCACAAACCUGACCGUGUGGGGUCGUGAAAACACGGUCGAAGAGGGGAAAUGGUUACCGGGUCACCAAUGUUUCUGUUGCUAAGUAUGGGGGUAAAACCGUGCUGAACACAACACCAGAAUCUACUCUGGUCAACGUGGCCAGUGGUAGGAAAUGCGAUCUGCCACACAACAUGGUACAGCCUGAGAAGUUUGAGGGGAAAAUCAUUGGAUACUGGUUGUCCCAAGAGUACACUUGCCCAGAAGCGCACCACCUGGAGAGGGUGGACACCACUGAAAAGAUGGUGACUUGUAAGCAUUGCCCUAUGUCGUACAUACUAUCCCUGAUAGGAAGGAUAACUAGAGGGAAGCUCUCCAUACAAUCUGAUGAUCUGGUCAGCCGGGUGUUCACUGUAGAGGACCAUGUCAUCAGAAAUGUUCUGUGAGGAAGGUGGGAGGGGAGAGAGUCUCUGAAGGACAUUGAGGACGCGCUGGUCGAACUGCCACCAGUGACAGUUACUGUUCUCAAUGGUCAUGUGUCAACCGUUACAACUCAGAGUCAGGAUGUCACCACACAGGAUGAGAAGAGGAAUAUUACUGCACAACAGCGCAUUUAGUCUGGACUGAUGGUUUUAUUUUGAUGUAAACUUUAUCUAACUAGGCAAGUCAGUUAAGAACAAAUUCUUAUUUACAAUGACGGCCUACCAGAAGGCAAAAGGCCUCCUGGGGGACAGGGGAUUAAAAUAAAGACAUAGGGGCGUGGUUCCUUUAGUCAUUUUGAUAUCACCUGGGCCACUGCUUCAAUAUGUCUUAGAUGAAAAACGGCAAGCUGAAAAUGUAAAUAGAUUGAUAAUAAAAAAUCACUUUUAAAACGUU